GUAACAAAAAUCCCACACCAGCAAGGACAAGGGAAUAAUAUAUUUUAUCAUAUUUGUCAACCGGAGGGGAAAGAUGACUAAACCCAUUAGUAAAACGGAAAUCGUUUGUACCCCUGGCUUUUCCCAAUUGAAUAUAUCCUCUGCUUAAAUUUUCAUCCAUAUUUGAAGCUAGAAAAUUUGUAUAAGGGUAACUGCUUUAUAUCUUAUUGAUGUACAAAAAAAAUGUUUCCGUUUCAGAAUUAGGUUUAUGUCUAUACUUUUUAUUCAACAUAUUAUAUUUAAAUCAAAAUCAUUAAAAUAACAAAACUAAUUUUAAAUUAAUUUUUCGUAACAUAAUAUUUAUAAAACACAGUAAGUCCUCUUCAAAACGAAAUACGCAUGUCUUUCAUUCUGUCAUCGAUUUCUGCGCUGGGAGCCCCGUUUGAAGGGGUGACUUCCCGGUAAAAUUUGUUUGAUUUGAUGUAAAUAUUCUCUGUAACAUAUUAUUUUAUUAUAAAGUGGAUUUUGGGACUAUUUAAAUAUAAUAUGAUAAUAUUUGUAACAAAAAACAAUUAUAAGGUUUGAAAUAUAAAUUAUAUUCGAAUUCACCAUGAAUGAAGUAGGUUCAUGGGAAGUUGGUAAUGUAAAAUAUAAUUUACAAGAUUGAUUUUCUAUGAAUAAUAAUAAUAAAUUAUACAUUUUGAAUUUUUUUAUUAUGAUAAGAUUCACAUACUUUUUCUUUUGUUUAAAAAAAACGGAUUAGUACUACUGACAGCGGAUGUCAUUUAUCAAGGCCUCAGAUGAUUCAAGCUCAGCUGAUAAGGUGUAGUGUUGUGCAAUACUGGAGAUUUUGAUAUUCAAAUUUUUACUGAUAUCGUAUUGUGGCCAUAAGAAUGUCACUUAAUACGGCACAUAUCAACGGGGGUGUAUUAAUACAUGCAGGAGAAUGUAUUCUACUGUUUUCUGAAGAUGUGUCUAUGGAGUUUUCUGGACAAGAUAGUGCUGUUUUCAAAGGUAACAAAACUGGAAGACUUUAUCUUACUACCCAUCGCAUGAUUUUUAACAAUGCAGAACAGGCUGAUCCCAUGAUUUCUUUCAGUUUUCCAUUCAUAACAUUGAGUGAUGUUGAAUUGGAACAACCAGUUUUUGGUGCAAAUUACAUUAAAGGAAAAGUCAGAGCUCAACCUAAUGGUAAUUGGGUUGGAGAAGCUAAGUUUAAAUUAGUUUUCAAGAAAGGUGGAGCUAUUGAUUUUGCUCAAGCUAUGCUGAAAGCAGCAAGCAUGGCUUCAAGAAAUGCUAAUAGCGAUGCGCCUCCACCAUACACUCCUCCUGGACAGUGGUACCAAGCUCCUCCGCCUGCAUAUGCUCCUGAUCCUACAGGCUAUUAUGGCUGGGUACCUCCGGUCAAUGUUUUUUCUAUGCAACCACCUGCUAAUUCUGUCUACAUGACAGACAUGCCUCCACCUUACCCUGGAAUCAACUCUAGCAAUGGAUAUGUUAAUCCUCCUCCUAUGCAACAGGCUGCUGGAUUUACUCAACCGAACUCCAGAGGUGAUGCAAAAGCUACAGAGGCAGCUCAGAGUGCUUACUUUGAUCCCACUAAUCCACACAAUGCUUACGUUCCCCCGCCCGCUUAUUAUGAACCACCACCUGCAUAUCAUGAAGCGAAUAAAAAGAAUCAGUAAUAACCAAUAAAUGUUUUAUUUUGCAAUUAAUUAUGUGCUGCAGAUAAUUAAAUGAAAUGGCAUGUGUUAAUUUUUUUUUCAUGUGAUAUGUGUCAAGUACUUUUAAACUUGCGCAUUUUGUUUGUUAUAAAAAGGGGAGAUGAUUAUGUGGGAAGGAGUAUAUAAAAUACAAUGCCAUUUUAAUUUAAUUUUGAUUCAAUAUUAAAAGAAAAAAAAAAAUUCUUAUUGGUAAAGGUGAUGAAAAUAAACUAUUAAGUUUUUAUUGCUAAAGCAAAUUUCGUUAAGUUAUCUUAUAUAGCAGUUUAUCUUACUGGAUUUUAUUUUAUUUUUUGUCCUAUGACAAUUCAUUUUGAAACCAAACAAUUCCAACCAUUGUUCAUUUAACUAUUUUAUUUUUCGUUUAACUGGUGUUAUGUAUGACGAUUGCUCACAGCUGUAGAUACCUAAAUUAUUAAUAAAUCUCAAGAAAAUAUUUUUGUUUUCAAGAAAAUAUAGAUUAAUUUAAGUAUAUAGCAAAUUUAAUACAAGUGAUAAUCAUAAUAAUUACGCAAGUUAAAAAAUAAAUUUAUCCUGGUAGUGUGAUAAGUAAUAAAUUAAAAUAAUGAGCAAAGAAGUAAUCUCAAUCACAUGAUUUUGGAAAUAGUACAGAAUUCAUGAAAAUGAAAACAUUUUUACUUUUAAAAAAUUAAUUUAUAAACCUGCUUGGUCCACUCUUUUAUCAAGAUGAUAUACUGAAUCAUAUAACAAAUAAUAUUGAUCUGAUUUGCCUCAAAAUCCACUAUGUAAAUUGGUUCAAAUUCAAAUUAUAAAUAAAACAGGUGCUGCAAUCCUAUUGUCACUUCUUUAAAUUGAGCCAGUUUUGAAACCUGUCUCCUUGUUUAAUGUUUAUUUUAUUUGUUUACUCUUCAUAUUAUCAAAUUUAUGGUAUCUACUUUUAAAAUAUAUUUCAAGAAAAAUAAUAAAUAUUUUGCUAAGUUAUAUUUUGUUGGCUUUUAAUUAGAGAUUAUUCUUUGUAUACAAAUAAAAACAUUUGCUUGGUUAUUGGAUAUAAAUGCACAAUAUAAAUAUAUUUAUAAGUUAGUAGAUGGAAUAUAACUUAGCCAUUGUAAAGGAAUUGAGAAUAAUUGAUCUUAUAUUUAGCUUAUUUAUCUAUGUUAUAAGGGUUGGCUGCAUGUUACUAAAAAGCUAAGAAUUUAAUUCAGUGCAGUAUAUAUAAUCCAGUGAAGUAAAAUAUUCUGUAUUUCACCUUUCAAUAUCAGGUGAGCUCUGUGACUUUGUAUAAUUUGUAAUCAUAGGAACCAAUCAUUCCAAUGUGUAGUAAUUUAUUUCUAGUCAUUUCAGUACUUUUCUUCAUUUGCGGUGUGUGACAGUUUUACCACAUAUAUACAUACAUAUGCCAUCAAUAUUCAUUGUUUCUUCUUAAAUAAAACAAAUUUAUUGUUAUUAACUAUUAUUAUUGUUACGUUAAAGUUUAUUGUUUUAGUGGUAUUGCUGUAAAUUUUAACUGUAAAAUAAAAUUAUAUAUUUUAAUUACUGGUAAAGUAUUUACCAUUUAUUAAACCUUAUACUACUUUAA